AUGGCGCAAGCUUCAGAAGGAACGGCUGAAGCAGCGGCAGGAGCCACCGGAGGUGUGAGCCAUCUCCCGUGGCAGCAGGUCCCGAAGUUUACGCCAGGGGUGACAAGCGUGGACGAGUACUCUCAACGGCUUCGCUUUCUCAAAGAGUUGUGGCCAGCCGAGCAUCUGUCGUUGUUGGCUCCCCGGGCAGCCCUCUUGGUGGAGGGGGCCGCCUUCCAAAAGGUGAGCCGGAUCAAGCCCGAGCAGUUGCGAGGACCUGAUGGUGUGAAGUACCUUGUGGAGUCGCUGGGCGGGUCUUGGGGAAAGACCACAGUGGAGGAGCGAUACCACUUCUUUGAGCAGGCCAUCUUUCAGACGCAACAGAAGGCGGACGAGAGUAACGAUUCGUACAUUGCCAGACACGACGCUUUCUUUGAGGAACUCUUGAGCCGUGGGGUGACCCUUGAAGAGAUCCGCGCCUAUGUUCUUCUCCGUCAUUCCUUGUUGGCCCCGGAGGACAAGAAGCGUGUGAUCGUGGAAGCCAAGGGCGACUUGAAGUACCAAGAAACGGUCCGAGCAGUGCGGCUCUUGGGGUCCAAGUUCUUCACAGACUUUCAGAACCGUAGUGGCCCGGGAAAUGCCAAGGCAAUGGAUCGAAGCAAGGUCUACGACAUCCACAUGACGACAGACGACGACACCUUUGAGGAAGUGCACAUGGCGAUGGGACAGGACGAGGACCUCAGCGAUGAGCUCAUCCUGGCUCACUUCCUUGAGGCCAAUGACGAGGACGCCAUCUACAUCACGGAGUUUGAAGAUCAGAUAGUGGAGGCGGUGCAGGAGAGUGAGUUGGCCCCAGUCUUUGCCUCGUACCAAGAAGCUCGUCAAAAGCUGCGGGACAAAGCAAAGUCCAGGGGGUUCUGGCCCAUCAAGGGCAAGAUGAAGGGGAAGGGCCAGUCCGGGAAGAGAGGCAAGGGUUAUGGUUCCUGGGAUGGGGGCCGUCGACGUUCCCUUGCAGAUCGGAUCGCCAACUCCAACUGCAAACAAUGUGGGGCCAAAGGGCACUGGAAGCGGGAGUGCCCGAAGAACGACGCUAAGCCAGAGGCGACCUUGUUUGCCCAGAUCCAGCCGACCGAUCCCUUCCAAUCGGAGGUUCUCCAGACCCUGCCAGACUCCGAGCCCUUCAACAUCGAUGAGGACGACAGCGCAUGGACACAGAGAGGGGUUAGCACAGGGACAGGGAAUACUGGAGUAAUUCAGGACUUCGGGGAGACUUGCUUUAUGGUUGCGCCAAAGGCGCAAGGGCCGGCCACCGCGCCGAAGCAGGCAGUUUUGAGACGCAGCAAGCCCAGCCUAUCCAUAGUCAAUCUGUCAGAUCUCCUUCACGUCGGGGACAGGAACCACAGAACACAACACGGCAGCCUGAGCUCAAGCAGACAGCACGAAUCUUCGAAUAUCCUUCUCCUUCGCCGAGCGGCUUCCAACCGAGCGAUGCCCACCUCAGUCAAGCAGUCCGUGAAGAAGCUCCAAGAGAAGAUGCCCGAGGUCAAUCUGGACGAACCUCUCUCCGCGGAGGAGGAUGUGCACUUGGCCGAGGAACAGCUGACCAUGGUAAAGUACUUGGAGGUGGAAGUUGUCCGCCCACCGGGGAUUGCGAAUCUUCGGGAAUGGGGCCAAGUGGUGAUCGCGGCUGGCAAGCACAAAGGAAAGAGUCACGAGAAAACGUUCGAGACCGACCUGUCCUACUCGAUCCUCAUGGCUCGGAAGUCUUCUCUCAGCAGCCCAUGGGCACUGUCGUUCAAGAACUAUGCCCUGAUGCGACUGAAGCAGAUGGCCAAGACGGAGCAGGCGAGGUCCACGACCAAGGCGGAGGCAAAGAACAUCAAGUCCCAGGGUCCAGCCGUCAUGGACGGAGAGGAGAGCGAUGGGUGGAAGCUCUGCUCGCCGGAUGCCACAUCCCACACAGCUGCACCGAGCCGGGGCAGCAAGAGGAACAGUCCGCCGGGGGCAAGCUCGCAGAUGCCCAUUGCCAUGUCGCCGGAGGAGAUCAUGACGCGCCGGGCCGUGCUCGAAAGAGAGCUGACGAGGCUUCGGGAGAUCGAAGAUGCCGACAAGGACAGUUUCUUCUUGACCUUUAUCGCUACCAAACAGAACGAGGUUCAACAGGGCACUUUGCGAAUGAUUCAUGAGCUGGAAGUGGGAGACACCCCGCCAGGAAACAACCAUCUCCGCAAAGCCACCACACUGUACACCACGUCCAGACGACUGCAGCAAAGUGUCGACACUCGCUUUCAGACAGCGGGUCCAGAUCCCAGUGGGCGAAGCAACCGCAUGUUCCCACGAGAGAGGCGUCUUGCCAAACGGGUAGCCUUGCACCUAGGCACCAACCGGAUACAGCCACCUUGUGUGGAGGGAAUGCCGCGGGACAUGCCUUUACGUCAGACGGUUGUGGUAAAAAGGGUUGGUGGUGAAAUAGCUAUGGAUGGUGAGAUAGAGGAUUGGCACGGGCCGGGGUACUUCGCUUUAGGGGAGUCCGAGAAGAGGGAGUUAGUUAGGCUCCAUAACAAUUUGGGUCAUCCAUGCACUGAGACGUUUGUCAGAUUCCUGCAAGAACGAAAAGCCGAGCCUGCGCUCAUCCAGGGUGCUCGCGACUACUCUUGCAGUACGUGCUUGGAAACGGUUCCCACCCAAAAGUUAGCUAGGCCGGCGACAAUUCACACGCAUCGAGAUUUUAACGACACAAUCGGUAUGGAUGUUGCGUACUGGACCAAUAGCGGGGGGAAGAAGUUUCUGUUUACGCACAUUGUCGAUGAGGGCACACUGUUUCAACAAGCCAGUGGAGUAGGUAGGACGCCAGAAGAACAAUGGGAGUUCCUAUCGGAUCAUUGGUUUCAGUGGGCAGGGCCUUGUCAAACUUUGUAUGUAGAUCCAGCAGGGGAGUACAACAGUGAUUACUGGCGUCUAAAGCUGCAAACUGUAGGUGUGUGCACCAAUGUUUCUGCGGGAGAGGCUCAUUGGCAACUCGGUAGGACGGAAGCUCAUGGUAGGAUACUGAAGAGCAUGCUUUCUAAAAUGGACCAUGAAGAGCCCAUCCUGAACGACGAAGGUUUUCGUCGGUGUCUGAGAGCGGCAGUGCAGGCUAAGAACAGCUUGAGUAGGGUCCGGGGCUUCACACCUGAACAGGCAGUCCUGGGUAAACUUUCGCGGCUGCCAGCCUCUCUGAUUUCCGACAAUAGUGCCACGUGCCAUGCUUUAGCCGACAGUGAUCUGCCAGAAGGAGUCUCCUUCAGGAGGGACCUGCAGCGCCGUGAACAGGCCAGAGUCGCAUUCAUACAUGCAGACAACGACAACUCGUACCGUAGGGCUCUACUUCGUCGUUCGAGGCACCCCUGUGAAAGAUAUGAGCCGGGCGAUUGGGUUCUGUACUGGCGCCGACAUAAAGCCGGGAGUCGUGCGGAGCAAGGAAGGUGGUAUGGGCCGGGUCAGGUAAUUUGUGGGGAUAGCAAGGUAGUGUGGGUGAGCCAUUGUGGGCAAUUGAUCCGUGCAGCUCCUGAGCAGCUGCGAUCCGCGUCCUUGAGAGAAUGGCAAGGGGUGCUGGGAAAGACCAGCGCUGAGAGUUCACAAGGGGCAGUAGGUCAAGGGGUUAGAAGGGUGGUCGACCUUGCUGUUCUCGGAGGAACACCUAGCCGAGCAGAAGUGGAGAGCCAGGGAGAGGUUCCGCAGGAUGUUCCCGAACCAUUAGGACCCAUAGCCCCAGAAGGAGUAGCUGGGAUAGAGGCCGGGGGUACGGUUCCUGAAGUUCCUGAAGAAAAUGCGGAGGGAGAACAGCCAGAGAUGGAAGUCUCACCUGUGCCGUCGGUAGGUCUCGAGACAGAUAUGGUAGAUGCUUCGAACAUUCCUGUGCCUGAAGAUGACGAAGACGACCUCUUGUUUGGAGACAGUGAGUGUUUUUUCGCACAUCCCACACAGUCACAGGCAUGGGAAAUCAGUUUGCAUGAAACGGAGGUGCCUUUCGAAAACCUCCCGACGCCGCAGCAAGCUUUGCAUUUUGUAAUGUUAGCCACCGAGGCACGCAAGAAACGAGUUGAAGUAAGAUUGAGGGACUUGAACGAGGGUGAGAGGCAACAGUUCGUAGAAGCUAAGGGCAAGGAGAUUCGAGCCUGGCUUGACCACAGGACUGUACGUAAAGUAGCUGCGGGAACCCUUGAUGAUAGUCAACUCAUGCGUUGCCGCUGGCUUCUAACAUGGAAAGGCCCCGAGAAGGAUGGAGGGCCGAAACGGGCCAAAGCUAGGCUAGUGGUGCUUGGGUUUGAAGACCCAGACAUUGCUGAUAUCCCUAAUGACGCUCCUACUUUAGGUAAGGACGCCCGACAACUCAUCCUUCAGAAGGUGGCCAGUAACCGUUGGAAACUGAUCAACUUCGAUGUGUCCACUGCUUUUCUGCAGGGGGAGGGGGAUGGUAGAAAGCUAGGCAUAAGACCACCUGAAGAGUUAAGAAGAGCCCUCAACAUGCAGGCGCAGGAACAAUGCCAGCUCGAAGGCGGCGCUUACGGCAGAAUCGAUGCUCCGUUUUUGUGGUUUCAGACAUUUAAGAAGACACUUGAAGAGCUUGGUUUUGUGCAAAGCCCUUUCGAUGCCUGUGCUUUCAGCCUCGUUUCACAAAGGGCCGAUGGUAGUGCUCAGGUUCAUGGUGUUCUGGGAAUACACGUAGACGACGGGAUUGGGGGAGGUGAUGAGUAUUUUCGGAGGGUCAUAGAUCGGUUGCGGGGUAUCUACAGCUUUGGGUCGUAUGAUGAGGGCGAGUUCACGUUCACCGGGAUUCGUUUUCGCCAAUGGGACGAUGGGAGCAUUGAAAUGGACCAAGAGAGGUACAUAGAGAAGAUCGUGCCCAUACAUGUGUCCCGAGAGCGUAGAGUGAAUCCCACCGCGAUGUUGAACCCUGAAGAACUUAAAGAGCUGAGACGCCUCAACGGUAGCCUCCAGUAUGCUGCAGUGCAUUCUCGACCCGACCUAGCUGCAAAGGUAGGCUACUUACAGACAAGGGUCAACAAGGGCCAGGUUCAGCAUCUUCUGGAAGCUAACCGUGUCCUUCAAGAGGCCAAAGCUCACCCAAUCUCUUUGAUGGUUGUGCCAAUUCAAGAACAGCAUGUUACGUUUUGCACCUUUUCGGAUGCUUCCUUCGCCACGUCGAAAGACCAUAACUCGUAUCAGGGUACGCUGGUGGUGGCAACAGACUGGCGAAUGCUAGCCAACUGCGAAGCUGUGAUCAUUCCUGUGGCCUGGUUGUUCUGGGAAUGGUUCAAGAAUCCUGCUGUUGAUAUCGCACAUCCGGAAGAAGUCCUUUCCCACGUUCCCAUGUUCACUUGUGCUGUCCAACAUGUCUUCAUCCUCGCCGGCCCUUCCGACAGCUCCGAGGUGGGAGGGAGAGGUUCUGCGAGCUCAUGGUAA